UAUGCUAAUAUAUGAAAGUCUAUUGACAGAACAGACGAAGGACUACAGUCAAUAUAAACACUGUGAAGAACAGUUCGUUCAAAAUAUCAAUACAAUGCAUCGAGGUAUAGGAGAGCAGAAACUUGCAGAGAAGCUUAUUAUUUUAAACGAACGUGGCAAUGGCAUGUUGACGAGGAUUUAUAAUAUAAAAAAGCAAUGUUCAGAUCCAAAAUCCAGGCCAUCUUUUCUCACAGACAAACCUCUCGAGGCAACAAUCAAAAUAAUAGUCCGUAAAUUCCCAAAUUUUGAAAGUCAUUUGAAGGUACAAAGACACAACCCUAUUCAAGGGCAAGAAAAAGAAAUUGUGAAAGGAUUGUCAAAUUACUAUAACACUUUUGUUGAUGUGAUGCAAUUCAAGGAUCAAACCAACGAAAUACUCACAAUGAUAGAUGCAAGUUUUGUUCAUUUUGAUAUUUCAUUGAAUUUUGAUAUUACAAGAGCAUACCUGGAUCUAGUAACCUAUGUAUCCCUGAUGAUCCUUAUUGCUCGUGUUGAGGAUCGCAAGGCUGUUCUUGGAUUAAUUAUGCUUAUGAGACUCUGAAUGGACGAGGUUCAUUUUUAUGAUGAAUAUUUUCCAAGGUUGGGUAAAUUGAUCAUUGAUUAUGAGAAUCCUAUAAAGAAAUUAGCUGAAGAAUUCAACACACAUAAUCAGCGUCUCGAAGCUCUUCAGUCACUCAAUCCCAUUUACAUUCGACGAAAUCAGACUGGGGCACAAAUGAGGCAAGCACAGUUAUUAAGUAUUAUUAGCACACCAGCCGCUAUGUUAAAUCCAGUUUUUACUGAUACAGUAAGUAUUCCAUGUGAAUAUCUUCCUAUGUCUUCCAUGAACAAGUGGAUUUUAUUUGGGUAUUGUCUGUGUUACAAUCACAUAAAUUCACCUGGUGCAGCUGAUUUAUGGAAAGCUGCUCUUGUUGAUGGAUACUGUGUUUCGUUGUAUCGUGACGAAGUUUUCAUGUUUCAUAAAGAAUUCUACACAUUCUUCGAUUCCUUAAAAGGCCAAAGCAAGAGAGCCAAAGAAAUCCAAGAUUGUGGCUCUCAAGCUCUCGCCAACAGUGCGGCUGUUCAUCGCGAACGACGGCAUUACUUGCGAGCAGCGAUGCAAGAACUUUCUCAUAUCUUGGUGGAUGUGCCUGGUUUGCUAGGACCCAAGGCAAUGGUCAUUAUUCAGGCUCUGUCAAUGGCUUCUGAUGAGAUUCAUUGGCUUAUUCGACACAAAGAACACAAUCCUCCAAAAGGGAAAAAAAAUCCCGAAGAAUAUGUUGACGUGAGACUAUCGCAUAUGUUGUUCUUAGUUGAGGAACUAUACGCAAUGAUGUUGAAAUAUAGCUCAGUACUACAACGUUACUAUGUACAAUAUAUGUGUGGUUUUGACAGCAGUUUGUUAAAAGAAAUAGUUCAGAAAAUUACCAUUGUUCCAGAAGAUAUAUCCUUGUUAAUGACGUCAUUCAGCGAUACUUUGUCAAGCAUAAAUGUGAAACAAGUUGAAAGUAAUAAAGAAUUCGAUUUUGAUGGUUUACGUUUGGAUUGGAUCAGAAUGCAGGCAUACACAAGCGUUCGUGGCUCAGCUCGGAGAUCAAAUAUUCGAGACAUGGCCAUUUUAAUGAAUUCUGUCUCCUUUCACUCCAAAUUAGUGGAUAAUCAAGAAGGUCUUUUGAGCGAAGUUGCUGAUCUCACAUUCUUUUGUUUUUAUCCGUCGAGUCUUGAGGAAGCCUUUCAUCAAUGUCUGUCAUGUUUGGGUCAACAGAAAUUUGCCAUUGCAUACCCAUUGGUGUGCAGCCAUUUUCUGUCUGCAACAAAUGAAUUUUGUCCUGAAGAGAGACAUUUGAUUGGCGAGAAAAGCCUUUCUGCUGUAAACGUCUUCUUGGAUACAAUGGCUAAGCAUACCAAAGAAAUUGUUCAGCACUAUUGUAAAGAACAUCGUAAACUACAUCAACAGCUGGACCCAUUAAAUGCACUUCAUUUCCUGGUCGACGCGGCAACGAAAAAGAAGAAAGAUCGAAACAAGAAAAACAUUCAACCAGACAUAUCUCUACCUGGUGAAGAGAGUGUGAGAAAGACGCGAGAAAAUCUUACACAACUAGAUGCAAAACUUCUGGCUUUGGCAGAUCUUUCGAUUUCGCUUAACUACGUUCCUCAUAUUCAUGUUUGGGAACACAGCUUUGCACCAAAAGAAUUUCUUGCUGUUCACCUUGAGGAUUUCUUUAGCAAAUCUGUUGUUCGACUGGCAGGAUAUGACAACGAAAAGCAAGAAAUCAGCCGUCCUUCUGAAUUACUUAAAAUGUUAAGGUGCAUGGACGUAUUAAGAUGUGUUGAAAACUAUGCAAAUGUUGACAUGUCAAGGAUUUGCAAUCAUGCAAUGUUACAACAAACGCAACCAGUUGAUAGCCAUGGUGGUAUAACUAUAUGUGGCUUGUAUACACAAUGGUACGUUGAUACACUUCUACGUCAAGUUAUGAGUGGAAAUAUGUUGUUCUCUCCCAACAGAAGAUCAUUUAUCACAAAAACAGCAAAUGCAAAUUUUAAGGCAGAUGAAUUCACUGAUCCAGUUGAGCUUCGUGCAUUAGCGACCCUCCUCGGUCCUUACGGUAUGAAGUAUCUUGGUGAUCGAAUGCUUCACCAAAUUUCCAGCCAAAUGGGAGAAGUUAAGAAAUUAGUAAAGAACAACAAAGAUGUCUUGGAGAGCUUGAGAAGUUCUUUUGACAAACAUGAACAGAGUUUGGAACUUGUGAGACGAUUGAGAAAUACAGACGAUGUAAUUAUUCGCAUGACGAUCGUUGGCGUGAUUUUGGCUUUUCGUGAACUUGCUCAAGAAGCAUUACGAGAGAUUCUGGAGAAACGCGUUCCAUUUCUUGUUUGUUAUGUGAAAGAUUUUCAAGAGCAUUUUCCAAAGAAUGAUGGAAAUCGUCCAAGUGUCGAUGAUGCGGCGAUUUCAUGUGGAUUUACAUGUGAUGUUGAUCGUGCUCUUGGUUCGGUUUUAAAACAACAUAAAGAAAAGAAAAACGAAGAAGAUGUUCAAGUGUGGUCCUUGUUAUUGGUGUUCCUCGGUGUAUGUAUACCACUGCAAGCCAGCAAAGAUGAAUGUGAUUAUAAUUCCAAUCUAGAAGCCCACGAAAACAACUUUCAUUGCUUGGCUAAAGCAAUUGAUCGCAUAUCUGUUGCGCUGUGCGCAAACAAUGGUGAUAAUAUUGAAGUUAGAUUAAGGGAAUUCCUUGUGAUCACAUCAUCGAGUUUACUUAAACUUGGACUUGAAAGUGAGAAAGACAUGCCAAAGAAUCGAGAAUCAGUCUAUUUGCUGCUUGAUAUGAUCGUUCAAGAAUCAUCUUUCCUCACAAUGGACAUUUUGGAAUCCUGUUUUCCAUACAGCUUAUUACGGAAUGCAUAUCAUCAAGUUUACAAGAAACGCAUUGGAAAGAAAGCGAGAUCAGUAGUCACAACUGUUGAUGACUCUAGUGUACUAUAAAGACCACUGUGAUCCUAUGAAGACACUUGUAUUAUGAAGUGGCUUCUCACACGACAACAUUAUUUUGUUAUCUUUGUUUAUGAUUUAUAUACUGAAGCAUUAAUUUUGUAAGCACAUAUGCUGGUCUGGAAGAUAUAUUUUCCGUUACUCAAGUAUAUAAGCAAGUUUUCUAUGAAUUAAUUAUGUAUUGAAUUUGAAAUAAUAAAAACGUACGAAUGCGCAA